UGGGUUAGAGAGGCGCUGCAGACCAUGGCCAUGGCACUAAGAUGCUUCCGGCAUCUGCCUUCCCUCCUCUAUCGCUCCUCGUUCGCAGUGAUACGGGGGCUGCCGCAGGCUCCUGCGGGCUGCCCAGCCCUGCUCCUGGAUGGCUGCAGGCAGUGUGUCCAUCAGGUGCUGCUGACCAGACAGCUAGCUACCAAGAAAGCUAAAGGCAAAGGACAGAGUCAAGCCAAAGUGAAUAUCAGUGCUGCCCUAGUUGAGGAUAUUAUCAAUUUGGAGGAAACCAGUGAAGACAUGCAGGCAGUGGUAGAAGCUCUGAAAGAAGAUUUAAGCAGAAAUCUCAGUGUUAGAACCUCACCAGGGGCCCUUGAUCACAUAAUUGUGAUGACAAAAGAUGGGAAGUUUCCGCUGAACCAGCUGGGGCAGAUCUCACUGAAGUCACCGCAGCUCAUUGUAGUGAACAUGACCAGUUUUCCAGAGAGCACAGCUGCAGCUACGAAGGCUAUAAGGGAGAGUGGCAUGAACCUGAACCCAGAAGUGGAUGGGACAAUAAUUCGGGUGCCAAUUCCUAAGGUAACCAGAGAGCACAGGGAGAGCCUGGCCAAGCUUGCCAAGCAGUCCACCAACAAGUCCAAAGAGGCCCUGAGAAAGGUGCGAAGCAAAAGCAUCAACCAGGUAAAGAAGAGCAAGAACAAAGUGUCUGAAGAUACCAUCUGGCUGCUGGAAAAGCAGAUCCAGCAAAUGGCAGACAGCGCUGCAGCCGAGAUGGACAAGCUGCUGGCAGCAAAGACCAAGGAGCUGCUUGGAUAAGCACCAUCCAGAUGGACACACUCCCCCCUCGAGUCAAAGCAGACUGCAAUGCACCCCAGUGACCAUCCCUGCCCAGAGCAAUGGGCAGGGGCAGCCCUGCCAGACC